GCUGAGGGGAGUCCGCGGGAGCCGCCGCCGCCGCCGCUGUCCCGUCCCCGCCGCCGCCCCGCGCGGCCCCGCCGCCGGCCAGGAUGCUGGAAGAAGCGGGCGAGGUGCUGGAGAACAUGCUGAAGGCGUCGUGCCUGCCGCUCGGCUUCAUCGUCUUCCUGCCCGCGGUGCUGCUGCUCGUGGCGCCGCCGCUGCCCGCCGCCGACGCGGCGCACGAGUUCACCGUCUACCGCAUGCAGCAGUACGACCUGCAGGGGCAGCCCUACGGCACUCGGAACGCAGUGCUCAACACGGAGGCCCGCACCAUCGACGCCGACGUGCUGAGCCGUCGCUGUGUGCUCAUGCGGCUGUUGGACUUCUCCUACGAGCAGUACCAGAAGGCCCUGCGGCAGUCGGCUGGUGCCGUGGUCAUCAUCCUGCCACGGGCCAUGGCCGCCGUGCCCCAGGACGUCAUCCGGCAAUUCAUGGAGACCGAGCCUGAGAUGCUGGCCAUGGAGACUGUCGUCCCUGUGUAUUUUGCUGUGGAGGACGAGGCCCUGCUGUCCAUCUAUGAGCAGACGCAGGCCGCAUCCGCCGCCCAGGGCUCCGCCUCGGCUGCCGAAGUGCUGCUCCACACCGCCACUGCCAAUGGUUUCCAGAUGGUCACCAGCGGGGUCCAGAGCAAGGCUGUGAGUGACUGGCUCAUCACCAGUGUGGAGGGGCGGCUGACAGGGCUGGGCGGAGAGGACCUUCCCACCAUUGUCAUCGUGGCCCACUAUGAUGCCUUCGGAGUAGCGCCCUGGCUGUCACACGGUGCAGACUCGAACGGGAGCGGCAUCUCUGUGCUGCUGGAGCUCGCCCGCCUCUUCUCCAGGCUCUACACCUACAAGCGCACCCAUGCGGCGUACAAUCUUCUCUUCUUCGCUUCUGGAGGAGGCAAGUUCAACUACCAGGGAACAAAGCGCUGGCUGGAAGACAACCUGGACCACACAGACUCCAGCCUGCUCCAGGACAAUGUGGCCUUCGUGCUGUGCCUGGACACCGUGGGCCGGGGAGACAGCCUGCACCUGCACGUGUCCAAGCCGCCACGAGAGGGGACGCUGCAGCACGCCUUCCUGCGGGAGUUGGAGGUGGUGGCUGCCCACCAGUUCCCGGAGGUCCGGUUCUCCAUGGUGCACAAGAAGAUCAACCUGGCGGAGGAGAUCCUGGCCUGGGAGCAUGAGCGCUUCGCCAUUCGCCGGCUGCCUGCCUUCACCCUGUCCCACCUGGAGAGCCACCGUGACGGCCAGCGCAGCAGCAUCAUGGACGUGAGGUCCCGGGUCGACUCUAAGACUCUGACCCGCAACACCAGGCUGAUCGCGGAGGCCCUGACCCGAGUCAUCUACAACCUGACCGAGAAGGGAACCCCCCCAGACAUGCCAGUCUUCAUGGAGCAGAUGCAGAUCCAGCAGGAGCAGCUGGACUCGGUGAUGGACUGGCUCACCAACCAGCCGCGGGCCGCCCAGCUGGUGGACAAGGACGGCACGUUCCUCAGCACGCUGGAGCACUACCUGAGCCGCUACCUGAAGGAGGUGAAGCAGCACCACAUCAAGGCCGACAAACGGGACCCCGAGUUUGUCUUCUAUGACCAGCUGAAGCAGGUGAUGAACGCCUAUAGGGUCAAGCCUGCCAUCUUCGACCUGCUCCUGGCCGUCUGCAUCGGCGCCUACCUCGGGAUGGCCUACACGGCAGUCCAGCACUUCGACCUCCUGUACAAAACGGUUCAGAGACUGCUCGUGAAGGCCAAGACGCAGUGACGUGGCCCGUCGCCGGCGCCACGAGCCACUGCCUGCCGCCCCUCCCCGUGCUGCAGCCCACAGGAGGGCAGGGCUUCACCCCGGCUCAGCGGCCGGAACCCUGAAUUACAGAGCUUUUCUGUGUUGCUCUUGAGGAUUUGGGGGAUUCUUUCUCUUUUUUGUCCUUUGAACUCCCCCGGAGGAGCAUUUGGUGGAGGGCCCGGGGCCGGGCCAUUGACUUAGGGACAAGUCUGCAGAUGAGCCCCCAGCCCCAGAGGCAGCCCCACUGCCCUCAGGGCUCGCCGGCCACGGGAUGACCGAGGAGACGCCCCCAGCGCGGCCUCCGUGUCCCGCCUCUUGGCCACGAUGCUGAGCGGGGACCGCAGGCUGAGGGGCAAGGGGCCGCCUUCGCUGGCCCAGGUCUGCCCGCCCCACUCCCCCGGUCCCCCGCGGUGACUCGGGUGCUCUUCCUCCUGUCUGAAGAAGGGUCCCCAGGUUCUGGCCCCUCCCUCGGAAGCCUUGCGUCCCGCCCCCCUGGCCGGGGCUGAGGGCAGCCGCCUCAGGGUGUGGCCUUGGAAUGCGUCUCCCUUGAGCCCCCUGGAUGCCAGUGCCCUGAAGACCCACAGCCUCCCCGGUCCGGCUCCCUGCGCCGUUCGCCUUCACGUGUGCUUCUCACCGCCUGCUCCCCCCUCCCCGCUGCGCCCCGGGGAGCUCGGGCCUGACCCCAGGAACCCGGGUGCCGUUGGAGCCCCUGGGGCAGGAGGCAGCCGUGAAGAGAGGAGGCCCCUACUCCCCCGCCCCUUACCUCGGGCUCUCUGGGCCUCCGUUUCCUCAUCCGGAGAGAGGAGGGUGUGUUGUGGGGCCGUUGGCGCCCCCGUGUCCUAGGAGGGCAUCCAGGCUGGGGGUCGAGGGGGAGCGUUUGCUGGAGAAGAUGCAGCCGCGGGCCCCACGGGGCUGCCCGUCCCAGGACCUGGGAUCUGGGGAGGAAGGUCCAGGCCUGAACCCCAAAAAUCAGGCUCCUUGGAAGGGAAGGGGUGCAGAGGGGGCAUCUAGCGCUGCUGAGAUUGAUCUCAGGGAGACCCAGGCGUACCGAUUCAUUAGCAAUAUAAUCAGUUAGGUGUUCUGUGCUGAGGGGAGGGUCGGGAUGAGGGAGAAGGGCCUCUGGGCACCAGCCUCAGCCUCCAGGGAGGUCUUCACGGAAGGGGCGGCGGAGCAGGGGGACUAGCUCCCUCCGUGUGCCCCCAGCCAGCCCUCAUAAGCCAGCUCGCCACUCGCUGCAGGGUGCCGGCUCCUGGGGGCUACAUCUCCAUCUCUUGUCUUGGGCCUCCUGCCUUCGCCAAGCCCGACCCCUUGGCAUGGCUGCCGUCCCAGCCUCCCAGGCCCGCAGAGGGCCUGGGGGCCACGGGCUCUCCUGUCUGUCCCCCCUUCUCUGCCCUGCUGGGUGGCCUGUCUUCCCCCAGAGACUUGACCGAGUGCCCAGCCAGCCCGGCCACCUCUGGGGGGCAGGAUGUGGGGACUGGCACUGGCUCAUUGUCUCCCGCACACGCGUGCCGGUGCCGAGUGGGUGUCCUCCCUCCCCAGGGCAGGUCGUCAGCUCAGGCUGUUUGUGGGACACACUUGGACGAUCAGAAAAUAAAGCCAUAUCGAAUGAUCAGC